CCUCAACGUGACUCUCAAGCCUAAACCAAAUUCGUAAUACUACAAUAAACGUUCUUUUCUAGGCAGUGGAAUCUAGUUUUAUAGAUCCUGUGAGAGCAAAGAGCUUCUUCCCAUCUUUUUGGAAUUUGCGUAGGCAAUUGCCUUUUAUAUUCCUGGCUUCAUUGAACAUAAACUUUUUUAAUUAUAACAAAUUAAGCUAAGGAAGUUGAAAUCAGUUAGAAAGCCACUUUUCCUGCUUUUCCGUUUGCUAUGGAAUGCAUUGAUAGAAACAUUCGAAGGGAAUCUCUUCGUAAACUAGGCUCUCUUCCAACCCAUGGAUGGUCUUUCUUUGAGAAAAUAUGUCAUCAAAACUCUGAGCUCUUAAAAAGAAACGAUUUCCUUUUCCACCUUGAAAGAAUCGAAGAUACAGUUUUAUCGAUAUGUGCGGUAAGCCUUGAAUCUAGGGACCUAGAGGAGGCUAGGAUUCUUUAUGGUCAACUUCAGUUUUACUUAAAAAAGUAUGUAUUUCUCGAAGGGAAUGAAAAUUUGGAAACCACGUUGUCUUCGUUGGAUGAUUCCUCUUUUUGCAAAAUUUUCCCUGUGUCUUCAAAGUGUGUUCCGUCAAUUCUAAACGGAAUGCUUUCUCUAGCCAAGCAACACGAGGAAAUAGCGGCUUGUGUCAUUUCUCUUUUAGAUUCUAUUAUUAAAACUUUUGAGUCCCUAAUCAUUGAAGGAACAACAGAUUCUACGUCCUACAUAUUGCGAAGAAUCUUUUAUGCUUCUCAUCUUUCUUUCAUUUUAAAUGAAAUUGCUAAAAAUUGCGAGGAAAUGCAAAUUGAAAGUAUAUGUCUAUGGAUUCUUGAAGUCUGUACGAAUAUACUUUCCUCUGAUGUUCUUCCACAAACAAAACUAUCAGCCAAUUCUCUUUUCGUUCAGCCAUCUCCUUACUACCAUGGGUUCGGCUUAAAAUACUUUUUAUAUCUUUCUUCCGUGUCUGCUUUGGUAAACGCUGCAACGUGUUUAUGGUUAGGAAAUUGUGCAUUGUUUUGGGAUAUUGGUUGUUCUCGUCCUUCCUCUCCUGAAGAAAAAACCUACUCUAGUCAAUUUCAAUCGCUUCUACAAUUAUCUGAGAAAUUGCUUUCGAAUAGCUAUACUUCUAAGUUACAAGGACAAGUUUCUGUACCUUGUGGGUUGUUCUUUGUUCUUGCCUUGAAACUAGCAAUUUUGAGUUCCGCCUAUGUUGGAUUUGUUCCUUACGUAUAUUGUGAGUGGAUUGACCUCUUACUCCAAAAUAUAUCUGACGGACCCGAGACUCUUCCUCAUUUGAUCGAUGUGAUGGCUUCUUUAGCAUGCGUCUUUCCCGCACAAUUACAAUUUAAUUUAAUGCGCUUGCGGUUUAUUGCAAUUUAUGCUCCGCGUAGUGAUGAAGAUUCAAUUGUAUACGCGAAACUGGCAUCUCAAAAAUUGGCACAUUUGUUCAAUUACUCAUCCAAAGAUGCCGCCAUCACUUCAAUCUACCAAUUAGUGAACUUACUGUCUCCUCUUGAUACAGCAGAUAGUUUUUUUUCCCUUUCCAGGGAACACAUGAACAUGGAGGGUUUUGCGCAUCCUUCGCAUAAACUUCCAACAAAUACUCUGCCAAUUUAUAUGAAUAUAAUAGACUCCGGACGUGAGAUUGCUCUGUUAAUGAACGAUGAAAAGAUUCAUGGACUAGCUAUUUCCUUGUUAAUUCAAAAGUUUUCGCGAAAUUUUGACCCAAGGAUUAGUGCUAAAAUAAUAUGUGCUUUAGCCGAUAUAUCAAUUAAAGCAAAUGAGCGCAACUUCUUCAUUCUGAUUCAGUUUUAUUCUAUUCAACACAAAAUGCUGACAAAACAAAUGGACGAAAAAUUAGCUUUGGCAAUCUUUCAAUCACGCCGUCUAAUUGCCAAUGGGACAGAGCCGCACUCUUAUAAACGACUAGACUUGCUAAAAAGCUUAUUGGAAGAAAUAAUACAAGUGGGUAUUGUUCGCGAUACCCCUUCCGAUCAAUUAAGCGGAUACUACACUGCCUUCGCCUACGCCAUUAAGGCGCUAAGUUAUUGUAUUGACCAAAUCUCGUGGGAGAAUUUACCAAAAGAUGAAAAUUAUCCAGCGCUUUUCAGGGAUAUGUGGUUCACUAUCGUUUUAAAUAGGUUUCGGUUUUCAAUUGACUUAAGUGAGACUUUAAGCCCGGAACUUGAACAAAUUGCCCGUAACUCUCCUCUUCUUGUUUUUGAAGAUUUUGGAAAUAAUUUUGAAAGCAAUUUGGAACUAAACACUGUUUUGAGAAGUCAUAUUGAGCAUUCUGUUUUAUCUCGAAUCAAGUCAGAAUUGACUUCUAUUGCAAACGUGGAUUUAAAGUCCUUAAAUGUGUCCGAAAUUUGCUUUCUAUCCGCUGUCCUUCUACUCGAAGGACUACGCUGUAAAACUAGUCGAAUAUCCGCCCUUGUCGAAUAUUUGAGUGAUCCUACGUUAGGAUCAAGCCACUUGCCUCAAUUCAUUAGAGCCAUUGCACUCCAUAAUUUAUCAAUUUUUGUGGACUCUCUCUUUCGUGUUAAGCGACUUCAUCAAAGUAAUGUUAAAGAAAUUCAAAAGCUUCUUUGUUUAUGCUGUCAUAGAAUUGAUUCCGUUCGACGGUUGGCUUUGGAAUGUACUACUUUUGUCUUGCAUAACCUACCUCAUCUGCUUGGCACUGCUGAUAUAUUGUACAGUAUUUUAGAAUUACUUACUCUUCUUUGGAAGGCCAGAAACGAGGAAUGUCAUAAUCAGUAUAUUCCUAAGCUUCAGUAUUGUUCUCCGAAGUUAAAGCUUACAAUUGUUUUGUCUGAUAUUUACGAUGUUCGUGAGAGGGUACUCUCUGAAUUUAAAAGCAAUGCUACAGAUUGGAUAACAGUCAGUUCCAAAUCUAUUCCAAGGCCACUAAAAAAUCUGUUACAGUCUUAUCUCGCUGAUUUUGAAGACGUCGAUGAUCUAGAACUUGUCGAGCUUGGAAGGUCACUUGCUGUCGAAGUUGGGAUUAAAACUCCAAGCUUUGAUCGUGAAAACUGCGUUCUCUCGUCUUUUGGGAAUUGGAUUCCAGAUUUCAGUUCUGAGUUUAUGGCUGAUUACACAAUACGCCAACGAUAUGCGCAUGAAAAUAUAACCUUAAACAUGGAAGGUGACAUGAGUGCCGACAAGGUUGACCUUGUACUUCUUCAAAAAUCUAAACUUUUUGAGCAAAACCUAUCACUUUUGAACGAUUUGGAAAAUGACACUCAACGAAAUUUAAUAUCGCCCCAGAAGCUUCGUAACGAUAUCCGCAAGGCUGCCGCUCAUGCGGUGCAUGAAUCGACAUAUCUGUUUUCAAUACUUGCAAGGAAAAUCAUACGGAUUCCUUUUAUCGAGUUCAGCCAAAAAUCUAUGAAACUUGGGAUUACUUUAUGGAAUUGGAUGAUGAACGAAGUUCCAUUUUUUAGCCCUUAUAUUGUGCUUAACAUCAUUCGUAACUGGAAAAACGAAAUCUUGAAGGAAAAGAGAGGGUUUUUCUCAACAGCAAGAGCUAAAUCGCCAUUAGCUUUGCCAAUGACAUAUUCUCCGACUGAGAGAUCAUCUUUCAUAUCUUAUAAGAGUAAAGUGAAAGCACAGAUGAUCCCUCACCUACUGUUGUUAGAGCUCAUGUCCGGCAUUUUUGAAGGUCUUUGGUAUAGUGAUCGUCAAAGUGCUUUUAUCAUUAUUCAGUUCUUGGUGUUUGUAUUGAAAAAGAUUCGUGCCUUGGAGUUUAGUCGCAAUGCAUUAGCACGGGAACUUCACUUUAAAUUUAUUUCUUUUGGGUUUAAAAUUGCUGAAAAUUUACUAAACACAUCAUUAGGUUCUAGGUAUUAUAACCUCUGCUUGGAUGCUGCCUUAUGCUGGUUUACAGAAACACCAGCAUGGACAUAUGGGGCAGAUAAACUUAGUGUUGCGGCGGAAAUUUCGAUUAUGCGGAGUCUAUGUGCAAAGUUGGAAAACUUCUUAAGUCGUUACCCUCUCAAAGACUCUACGAUCAAGAAGCAAAAUCUCCUAAUAAUUUUAUUGAAAAAUGAAAUGUAUAGAUUGUAUACUUGGAUUACACCUGUUACAUAUGGAAGGAAUUUGAUAAUGAUUGAUCCGAUACCGGAAAGCUUUUGUUCAAGUUCGGCGAUUACUUCAGAAAUGCUACGAUUAGCUUGGAGAAUCUCCCCUGCUAUCGUUUUGUAUAUUCCAAAACGCUUCAUUGAUGAUUCAUUGAUAGAUAUGGUGGCUAGCUUUAUUUUAGCUGAUCCUGCUUCGUGUCUUCAUUAUGAAAUCUCUAUGGACUAUUUAUUUGAAAAAUUCCCUGACGGUAACUUUCCUCUGGAUAGGAAGUACCUUUUGUAUUGGGAUCCUGUUUAUCCUGUUAAUGGUCCGGUUUUGUUUAAGCCGAAAAUCAGAUGGAAUCCGCAAUUACUACAAUACACGGUACGCUCUAUGGAAAGUUAUCCAGUUUCCGUCAUGUUUUUUUAUGUACCUCAGAUUGUGCAGUCUCUUCGGUAUGACAAAAUAGGUUAUGCUGAGAGUUUUAUACUUGAAGCUUCGGGUGUAUCACAAUUAUUUGCCCAUCAAAUUUUAUGGAAUAUGAAAGCAAAUAUAUAUAAAGAUGAAAGUGGUACUGUUCCUGAUUCUAUAAAACCAAUUUUGGAUCGUGUCAUGAACAAAAUGAUAGCUUCCCUUUCUGGUGAUGACAAAAGCUUUUAUGAACGAGAAUUCUUUUUCUUUAACGAAGUUACUUCUAUCUCCGGUAAACUUAAACCAUUUAUCCGAAAAUCAAAACCAGAGAAGAAGGCUAAAAUUGAUGAAGAGAUGAGGCAAAUUAAACUCGAUGUAGGUGUUUACUUACCUAGCAAUCCUGAUGGUGUAGUGAUUGGAAUAGAUAGAAAAUCUGGAAAGCCUUUGCAAAGUCAUGCCAAAGCACCGUUUAUGGCUACUUUUAAGAUUCAAAAAGAAAAGGUCAUUAAUCCAGACCCAGAAGAAGAAGCCGUGAAUGGAGAUGAAGUAGAAAACAAUCAUCAAAAGCAAACUUAUGAAGUUUGGCAAUCAGCUAUUUUCAAAGUCGGUGACGAUUGUCGGCAAGAUGUACUAACGUUACAAUUAAUUGCUAUCUUUAAGAAUAUAUUCAACUCUGUGGGUUUGGAUGUGUAUUUAUUCCCUUAUAGAGUUACUGCUACCAAUCCUGGUUGUGGUGUUAUCGAUGUGCUACCAAAUUGCAUAUCUCGAGAUAUGCUUGGACGUGAGGCUGUUAAUGGCUUAUAUGACUAUUUCAUUACUAAAUUUGGUGGUGAGGACUCUAUAGCAUUUCAAAAAGCUCGCAGCAAUUUUAUUCAGAGUAUGGCGGCUUAUUCCGUUAUUACAUAUCUUUUGCAAUUCAAAGAUAGACAUAACGGAAAUAUCAUGAUAGACGAUCAGGGACAUAUAUUACAUAUAGAUUUUGGAUUUAUUUUUGAUAUUGCACCUGGUGGAAUUACAUUUGAAAGUGCUCCAUUUAAGCUGACUCAAGAAAUGAUUGCUGUGAUGGGAGGUAAUAACAAAACACAACCAUUCCAAUGGUUUCAAGAGCUAUGCGUUAAGGCCUUCUUAGCAUCCCGUCCUUAUGCUAAGUCGAUUUGCCAAGCCGUCGAGAUUAUGUUGGACUCCAGUCUUCCUUGCUUUAAGGGACAGUUGAGUAUUACGCAUACUUUAGAACGGUUUGCCUUGGAUAUGAAUGAAAGGCAGGCUGCAAAUCACAUGCUACAUUUGAUUGAUCAGAGUUACAAUAACAAACGAACUCUUAUGUAUGAUCAAUUCCAAAAAGCGACCAACGGAAUUCCUUAUUGAUUUUAGUCUUUUAUGUUCUUCAAUGUUAAGAAAGUUAACCUAAUGCCUCCUGAUGGAUUGGUAAAUAUCACAACUGAGCGAAUGAUUAAAUACACACAAAAAUCGAGUUUUAGCUUAAAUUAUUGUUUUAUACUGCGUUGGAAAAAUUAUUAAUUAUUAUCGUAUAGAAUUGUUGAACAACCAGUACAGGGCUAUCACUGUAAACUAAGUUAAAAGCAAAUCAGUAUUGAGCAAAGAGGUAAAUAUAAAAUUAAAG